ACUGUCUCUGCGAUUGGCUGCUGGCGGAGCGUCACAGGCGGAGCGUCACAGUUCCCACAGUCCUCCACUGCGCUCUCUGACAUCGAACAUGGCGUCCAAGGCACCAGUUGCUAGCGGCAGGCUUUUGCUGGGCUUCAGGAAGUGGUACUACAAUGCCUGCGGGUUCAACAAGCUUGGUCUGAUGCAUGACGACACAAUCUAUGAGAACGGCGAUGUGAAAGAGGCUAUCCGCCGCCUUCCAGAGCCAGUCUACAACGACCGCAUUUUCCGUAUUAAGAGGGCCCUUGACCUCACUAUGAAGCAACAGAUUCUUCCUAAGACCCAGUGGACAAAAUAUGAGGAGGAUGUGCGUUAUCUUGAACCCUACUUGAAAGAAGUUGUCAGUGAAAGACAAGAAAAGGAAGAGUGGCAGAAGAAGUAGAAUGCAGAGGAAGAGGUGAAAUCCUGCUCUUUGCUGUGGUGUUCGCUGUCUUGUAUUUAAGAUGAUGUUUAUCAGUUUGUGAAGUUCCUGUACCUAUUAAAAUUCCUUUCUGGCA